UCACUUGCCGUGCCGGCGCUCGCUCGGUCGCUCGCUCGCUCCCCCGGUCCGGCAUGGCGGCGGAGCAGCCCCAGCCCGCGGGCUCCAAGCCGCUGAGCGGGCUGCUGAGCGGCAUCGCGCAGGCCGCGUACUACGGCCACGCGGGCGUCACCGAGGAGCUGCUGCGGGGCCAGCUCUACCCCGAGGCGGCGCCGCACGAGUUCCGGGCCCUGCUGGCCAAGAUGAGCGGCGUCCUCAAGUGGCAAGCGCUCAUGGGAGUUGCAGCCGAGAUUUGGGACAAGUGGUCUGUAGCUUCAGCAGACAUGGAUUUGAACCAGCUGGAGGCCUUUCUUACUGCCCAAACCAAAAAGCAGGGAGGUAUCACAGCAGAUCAGGCUGCAGUCAUUGCAGAAUUUUGGAAAAACCACAGAACAAAAAUUCGAGAGAGUCUGAUAAAUCAAAGUCGGUGGGACAACACCUUGAAAAACGUGAACUGGAGAGUGGAUUUGAAAUCGCAGUCAAGACACAUCGACCAAAUAAACACCCCGGUUGCAAUCGUUGAAAUGGAACUGGGGAAAGAUGGGCAGGCAUCUGAAUUUCUGUGUUUGGAAUUUGAUGAGGCCAAGGUGAAUCAAAUGCUGAAGAAACUGUCAGAGAUUGAAGAGAGCAUAAAGGCACUGACACAGACCACCUGACUGUUAAGAUAAAGAAAGAGAUUGUGACUCAGAACAUAGCUGGCCUUAGUACUUGUUAAUAAUUUCUAUUCUUAUAUAUGAAAUUGUUACCAAUAUUCUACUGACAAGUGAUCAUAAAAUAAAAUAAUGUGAGCUCGGCUGUGCCACUCUGA